AUGUUCUCCAUGGCUCUCUUUGAGAUGCUACCGCUAACUAAAGGCCGUUAUGUCGACGAUAUUUACGGUGGAGCGGACUCUGAGGAAGAAUUCAAAGAAAUAGUAACGCAACUCCAACAAAUCUGCCAGGCAGGCGGAUUUCCACUUCAAAAGUGGACCAGCAAUCACCCAGAGAUACUCAAUCAACUCAACUUGUCAACGGGACCGGCAGGUACAGUGCAAUUCGAGGAAGCAGUCAUCAAAACGCUCGGAUUGUGCUGGCAUCCAGCAACAGAUUUAUUCCAAUAUAAAUCGAGAACAUUCAACUCAACGAGCUUCACCAAGAGGGUACUGCUAUCGGAAAUAGCUCAAAUUUUCGAUCCUCUUGGAUUCAUCGCACCAGUCAUUGUUCGAGGAAAAAUACUCAUCCAAGAACUAUGGCUGCUUAAACUUAAUUGGGAUGACCAACUUCCACUCGACUACGUUCGAAGAUGGAAAGAGUUCAGGGAGGAACUCACGCAACUAAAUCAACUUUCCAUCCCAAGAUGGCUAAAUCUAUCGCCAACUAUCAUCAACGUACAAAUAUAUGGAUUUGCCGACGCAUCAACAGCUGCCAUAGGAGCAGUCGUUUAUCUACGAGUUCAACGAGUCAACGAAACACCAACAAUCAGCUUGGUGUGUGCAAAAACAAGAGUUGCACCACUGAAAAAGCUGACGAUUCCACGCCUAGAGCUAACCGCGGCCCUUCUGCUAACAAAAAUUGUGAGCUGGGCACAACAAACAUUGGAAGUCAACGCAGAAACAUACCUCUGGUCUGAUUCGUCUGUAGCUUUGGCAUGGAUCAACAGCCAUCCAUCGAGAUGGAAGGAAUUCGUUUACAAUAGAGUAACGAAAAUCCAAGAAGCGCUACCAACAGCCGUAUGGAGACAUGUUGGUGGGAUUUACAACCCUGCUGACUGCGCUUCACGUGGCAUCUCACCGAGCCAACUCAACGAACAUCACCUUUGGUGGAAAGGUCCUGACUGGCUAGCAAAACCGCCGUCAGCCUGGCCACAAAAUACAACCAGUUCUCCAACGGAGGUGUCUCUUGAAGAGAGACCAGCAACAGCUCACCCAGUAGCUGCUGAACCUAGGCAGCAUCCACUGGCAGAGUUCCUCAACAGAUAUUCUACUUUAUCCAAAACCAUUCCUGCAUACUGGAGUAGACUAUGCAGGGCCAUUUCCAAUCUUGAAGUGGAGACCAACAAGAUGACAACUAGAGACUACCAUCAACAGAGAAUUCAUCAUGCUUGA